AUGGGUAGUAAGGAUGAGCUUCCUAUAAAGACUGGGAUUUUUCUGCUUCAAGAAGGUAAUGAAGAGCCUUUUAGUGUUCGCCUGCACUUAGCCAGAGACAUACUGACCAUACAGGAGCAAGACGUCAUCUGUGUGUCUGGGGAACCGUUCUACUCCAGUGAGAGAACUGUAACAAUAAGACGGCAGACGAUUGGAGGCUUUGGGUUGAGUAUCAAGGGAGGUGCAGAACACAAAAUCCCUGUUGUGAUAUCGAAAAUAUCAAAAGAACAGAAGGCUGAGCUGGCCGGUCUGCUGUUUAUAGGAGACGGAAUCCUCCAGAUCAAUGGGAUAAAUGUGAGGAGUUAUCGCCAUGAAGAAGUGGUUCAAGUCCUGCGAAAUGCCGGGGAAGAAGUGACAUUGACCGUGUCCUUUCUGAAGAGGACUCCUGCCUUUCUAAAGCUACCACUUUGUGAAGACUGCACCUGUGUACCGAGUGACCAGAGUAGUGGAACAUCAUCCCCACUGUGUGAUAGUGGCCUGCAUUUAAAUUACCAUCCGAAUAAUACGGAUACCUUGUCCUGCUCAUCUUGGCCAACGUCUCCAGGCCUGCGAUGGGAGAAACGGUGGGUGGAUUUAAGGCUGAUUCCUCUCUUGCACUCUCGUCUGUCGCAGUACGUCCCUGGCACUGAUGUCUGCAGGCAAAAUGCCUUUCAAGUAAUUGCAGUGGAUGGAGUGUACAGUGGGGUAAUUAUGUUUCCCAGUGGUGAUGAGUGUGCAGACUGGCUCCAGGCAAUAGCAACCAACAUUUCUGCUCUCACAAAGCACAAUAUGAAGAAGAUAAACAGAAAUUUUCAAGUUAACCAACAGAUUAUCUAUAUGGGUUGGGUGGAGGAGAAGGAACAAGACUCAGUACAAGAUCGAAUGUAUAUAUCAAAGUUUCUGGCUUUAAGGGGUUCUUCACUCUUCAAAUUUCCAGCACCCCCUGUAACAACGUGGGACUGGACCAGGGCUGAGAAAAGCUUCACCGUAUAUGAGAUCAUGUGUAAGAUUCUCAAGGACUGUGACCUUGUGGACAAGCGGAAACACUGCUUCAGUCUGCAAACAGACACAGGGGAGGAUAUAAUCUUUAGUGUGGAACUGGAGUGUGACCUGCUGACCUGGGAGAAAGCUCUCCAGAUGGCCACCUUUUUAGAAGUGGAGAGAAUACAGUGUAAAACAUAUGCCUGUAUAAUGGAGAGCCAUCUUAUGGGUCUCACCAUUGACUUCAACAUGGGCUUUGUUUGCUUUGAUGCUGCGUCCAAGGCUGUACUGUGGCGAUAUAAAUUCUCCCAGCUGAAAGGAUCAUCCGACGACGGGAAGAGCAAAAUCAAAUUUCUCUUCCAAAAUCAGGACACAAAGCUAAUUGAAGCAAAGGAGCUGGAAUUCUCAAACCUUUUUGCAGUGCUCCACUGUAUCCACGCGUUUUUUGCCGCCAAGGUGGCUUGUCUGGAUCCAGUGUUUGUUGGGAAUCAGAAUGCAGCAACCGCCACUGUGGUAACUACAGUUACGACUGUUUCCUCUUCAGCACUGACAUCCAAGAUCAAAUAUUCCAGUUGA